AUGGGUCACACUGCUCACAAAAAUACCAAAGCCUGCAUGGAAACCAAGAAACAAGGAAAAGCUCACAAUUUUGAACUUGACGGGAUCGAGAAACGUCGUAGAUACCGAACUCCGGAACGUGUCCGUCACCUGAGUGGAGCAUCGACAGCGACGUGUGCUUCUGGCCAAUGGCUCCUGAGAUAGCUUCAUUAAAUUCGUGAAAUGCGAGCUUAUCUCAACACUAGAAGUCAAAUUCAUUCAGAAAAUUAUGACAAGAACUUUUAGGAAAAAUUAACCUCGUGGUUUGAUGGGAACUUCUUUUUCGAGGCUAAGGUAUGAUUUUUCAGAGCUGCUCUUCAAAACGCUGCAGAAAAUUGAACAACUUUUGUUUCCAUUGAGUCAAAAGUUUAAAAGUAAAGAAGACAAUCUUAAAAUAUUAGCCAAAGUAGUAAACUGAGCUUCUCGAGAAGAGUAUGAAACAAAGAAACUUAAUACAUCGGCUGGAUACCACCUCAGCCUGCGCUCGAUUUGAAAAUAUACUGAAGUAGGCCGCUCUUUUUCGUGAGGCCGCAUGAGGAUAGGCCGCAGUUUGAGGGGUAGGGGCCGCAACCCGGAAGAAUCCAGCUGACGUAUGAACAAAAAUCUCACCACCCUCUUUGAAACUAUCUUCUAACCACUUUUUCACUACGGCGAGCUUCUCAGGUAAAAGUUGGGUAGUUUCUGCUUUUCAGGUCUCCUUUCUUCCAGCAGGUCCUUUCACAUAGCUUUCUCAAAAGUUUGAACUUGAAAAAUAGCCUUGCAGUGCAGAAGCAUUUCUCCCAGCAGGUUUUUCUGGGCAUUUUCCAUUUUCCCCUUCCUUGAAAGGCUAGCUUUUCAGGACCUUCUAGCUUCGUUCAACUUCCAAUUUCCUGCUGGUUGGCCACGAUAACCGACCUUUGAAGAAUUUCCCUCAGUUUUGAGACUCAGAUUUGGAAUCAGCUUGAAAAACUACAUCUAGUGAACUUAUCUCAUUCAGAAGCCCAUUCCUAGUCAAACGACCGAUCCAACGAACCGCCAUACAUGUCGUCAUGAGACGUCCGCCGCCGACCUUGCGAUCGGAAUGAUGUCUGCGGAGCCAGAACUUCUCGCGAACGUUAUAUCGCCAGUUGCGACAGUACAGUUCAUGGGCACGCUUUUCCCUGCCAAAGCUCGCGCGCGUACUUUGUAGAACAUGUAGAGAGGAGCUCCUGAGCGCCAAUCUGUCAAAUAAUGAUAAGGACUUCUCCGAUGAUAUCUACCUUUUGAAUCAUGUUGUCAGAAACUUUUGAGGCUCUAUAUGUCGGACUCAGAUAAUACUCCGGCAGGAACUCCUGAAUUGGAUUUACGAGAUCGAAAAUGACUGAAAUGAUGAGCUGGAGAAGGAUGUUUUCUACCAUUUUUCCAGAUAUUUACCAAUCUUUACCAAGAAAUUGAUCUAAGUUACGUAAAAUUAAGGAAGAACCCUAUAACUUGCUAAUAAAACCUCUAAAUGACAGAUAACCACAUUUAACUUUCUUUCUCACUUUUUAAGCCAAAGAAAAUGCAGAAAAUCUUGAAUUUUAGGAUCUGAGAUAUUCUUAUCUUCCUAAAACCAACACUUUCCCCAUCAAAACCUAGACUAAAAAACAAAUUUUCCUGAACCUCGGCUUCGUAAUUUCAAUCGCAGAGGCGGAUUUGCACGGAAAGAGGCCGGCGAAGGUCUUCCAGACCGGCGCCCUGGAAACUAUAUCCGAGAUCAUCUACAGCUGUUCAGUCUCUCUUACUCAGGCUCCAUCUCAGGGGUACUUGGACGACAUCUCGGAUGCCGUUGACCAUCAAAAGCUCAGCGAGGUCGCCCAUCUCGAGGAAGGCUCAGGCGUCGUCUUGCUCAUGUCCCCGUAG